UCAUGAACGGUAAAAUUAAUCAUAAGAUAAUCUGAAAAACAAUUAAUUAUCACUUCUGUUUUUAGGCUUUCCAAUAAUUUUAUUUAUAACACUUCUAAAAUUAACAACGAUUUUAACUGCACCAACAUCUUCAACUCCUCCAUCAUCAGAAGAUAAAUGUCCCACUGAUAAUUCAACAGCAGCAACAUUUUACAGUCCAAACGGAUGCGGAAAAUAUUUGCAAUGUGUAAAUGGCACAAAGAUUGAAAUGACAUGUCCAGUUGGUCAAGAAUACAAUUCAUUAUUGGGCGUUUGUGAUGACCCGAAAUAUGCUCAUUGCAAACUUCCAGCUGGUAUGAAUUCGUCAUCUUCAGAAACACCUGAUAAAAAUAAUAAUCAAACUGAAACUACAUCUUCAUCUUCGAUAAAUAACUCAACUGAAGAAACAACCAGUUUGGGAAGUUCUAACUCAAGCACAACUGAAAUAGAAAAAACUACACCUGCAGCAUCAUCUGAAGAAAAGAAGAAAGAUGAAAAUGAUUCUAAAGAGGCCACAACUGCGGCAUCUUCAUCGUCGCCAUCUGAAGAAAAGAAAAAAGAUGAAAAUGAAUCUACAACUGCAGCAUCAACAACGUCAUUAUCUGAUGGAAAGAAAGACGAGAUUAAAGAUGAAUCUAAUAAAAACUCAACUGAUGUAUCUAAAGACACUACAGCUGUAGGUACGAAUUCAUCGUCAACAGAAUCAUCUGAAACAUCUCCUAACGUAACUUCAUCUCAUUCAAAAACAACACCAAUUCCAUCAUUAAUCCAUAACGAAUCCACCCCUAAAAGUUCUCAAAAUAUUAGCAGUGAGAUAAAGGUAAAUGAAACAGAAAAACCACCAAAGACAUCGGAAUCAAAUGAAGAUGAAGGGGAAGAAGAAGACGAUGAUGACAAAAAAUCUAAAGAUGGAGAUAAAAGAGAUGUUAAGAACUCAAAAGAUUCAAACGAAACGAAAGAGGGAAAUAAUGAGUCUAAAGAAAUGGAUGGUAUGAUUAAAACAAAGUCUAAAGAAGAAUCGAAAGAUGUAAAAGAUGAUAAAAUAGGUAGCGAUAAAAAAUCAGAUGUAAAGAAUGAUAGGAAAAGUACAACUGGUAAACCAACGAACGAAGCUGAGUUAGGCGGGGAUGAAGAAAAGCGGGAUAAAGCGACUCGACCAACAAAACCAACAGAAACACCUUAAAAAAAUCAGUAAAUUUGUAUGUUAGGGUAAGGAGUGUGCAGGUUGAUUACUUUUAAGUGGUGAGAAUUUUUUUAAAAUCAUCCAAAACAAAAAUUUUAUCUAACUUUUAUGAUAUCAUAAAAUUUUUGAGAAAAUUUUAAGUUUUUUUGGCUUCUAGAAAAUCCGCCAUGUAAAAGCUGGACAACCUGUAAAUGUGUAGGUAUAACAAAGCUAGAUUUAUUCUUAUCCUAGAAUAGUUAAUUUAUGGACUAAAGCAUUAACGUAAUAUUUUUUAAUUCUUUUUAAUUGUGGCGACAAUAAUAAGGCAAAUAAGAGCCAGUCGAUUUGUCAAAAUGAAGUGAGAUUAAGUAAUAAACUUCUAAAUUUUCUAUUAAUGUAGCGAUUUCAGAAAAGAAAAAAAUAUAUAUAUAUCAUAAAUGUAAAAAAUUCUUUAAAUGUUAUAUAUUUUUUAUUAUCAGUUUUACGAGUAAAAAAAUGUCUGAGUACGUUAAAAUGGAAUGUUUUUAUAAGUUAUGUUUAAAGUCGAAUACUACAAAGAAUAUUUUCUGUGAUAUCAGAAAUAUGCUUAAAAAACCUUGAAGGAUAUUUCUGUGUAGAUAAACUAGAUAAUGUUCUAGUUAAAUUUAAGAAAAUGUUAGUUUUUAUGCAAACUUAUUGUUUAAGUUUAUCUGCCUGGAACUUUAACCAACUUUCUAAUAAUUAAUAAUGAAAGAUUAAGAAAUCUUAGAUAUCUUGAAUGAACGUUGGUAAUAGUUGCCAUAAAAGUAGCGUGUAAAUUUUUGUGCUCAUUCCAAUUAGUAUUUAUUAAUAUAAAGGUAGUAUUAAAACUA